CGUGACGUCCCAGGACUCUCAACCGGAAGGGUGAAUGUAAACAAAGUAGUUGAGAUUUAGAAGUACAGUAGACUGUUCUCUUCUAGUGUUACUGAAACAAUUGCUUGUAUUCAAAAAUUUUUUAUAAACGAUGUAAACUAAUUAACGUUAGACAGACUAAGUGCUAAACCUAUUGAUUCAACGAUAUCCGUGUGUCGACAAUGGAUUUUUUGCUAUCUUGCUGCUAGCGAGCGUUAGCUAAACGGCUAAUCUCACUGCGCUAGCUAAACAAUAAGCGAGAAGCACCAAUGCCUCAAGAGGGAGAGCAGUCUCUUCCACUGGUUCGCUCCCUGAACAGUCGAAUACCGAUUAAUGCUGUGUUCCGUAACCUCAGUCCCCGUGUCGUACGACCACUAUGGAUAGAUUACCGCGGAGAACCCCGGGCGUACGUUGAUUUACAGCCAGGAACGGGACGAGAAAUGUCGACCUUUGUCGGUCACCCAUGGAUGUUCAGAGAUGCAGAGACUGAUGAGCCACUGAGGGUGAACUGCAAAGAACUGUAUCUUCCUAAACCAGCAGAGGGUAGAAAUGCUAAUAUCACUUUACCAGUUUACAGCCUUAAGGAUCGUGCUCUUCAGGUUAUUCGGCGUCUGGUACGAGCAGAAGACUACAGGAGGUUGGAAAUAGCACGGUGUCUCCACGAGGAGCUGGAAGAUCUGCCCAGUGUAUUGAAAGAUCUCCACCGCAUGAACCAGCGAGUAGAGCAGCAUCUGCUGGAGAGGAUCCAUUGCCAGGAGGAAUGAGGCAUGAAACUGAAUGAAUCAUAGUCCCAUAUAGACAGCAAUAAUAUAUUCCACAUUAUUAGAAAGCACAGAAGCCAGAAUAAUUAAAUAUAAGAUACAACGUUGGAGUUACUUCUUGGGUGAGUGAGCAGCUGUUGCAAAGUCUUACAUUUGCUGCAAAUAAAUUGGAUCUGCUGCCUGUUAUAUCCACUCAUUGGCUUUGGCAAAUGUCUUCCUCUGCAGA